AUGUCUACGCUUUCUACCCCGAGCGACACUGCGUCUAGCGAGACUUCGUCCACAACAACUGUCACCUGGGAGACACACAAGGCGAACUUCUUCUCCAAACACUCGAAGAUUUGGAAGCGUCCCCGUGUGCUCAAGCUUUUCGAUGAGGAGACAGGAACCACACAGGCCUACAAAGUUCUAAGGCUGGGCCAUCUCGGCGAAGGAGGAUGUGGCUCUGUUGACCAUGUCCUCAUCAGCAAAGGCGAGGAUGUUUGGGAGGAGGCGGCACUAAAAUGCAUUCCGAAGGUGAACACGGGUUCAUACGAGAACGAAGUCCGGAUGUUCAAAGAGCUCAAUGGCGGAGGCGACCAGUUUGCAACGGCCGAUCUGUGGGGGAAACGCUGGUCCCAGGGGUACACUAUCACCCGGGUUGCCGCGUUUGGAAGCCUCGCGGACGUCCUUCACUGGGCGAAGCGUUUCUUUGUCCCGCUCGCCACCCAAGACAACUCCACCGCGUCCGGCCAUUUCUUCGCCCAUAUGGUCAGUCGAGACGGGGCAUUGCGGAUUAUCCGCCGAAUCCUCAAGGCAGUCGACGAGCUCCACAAACACGACGUCCUGCACAGGGAUCUAAAGCCUGGUAACAUCCUUUGCACCGGCAGGGCUAUCAAGAACGGCUUCCUUUCUGAUGUGUCAAUCACCAUUGCGGACUUUGGCCUCAGUGAGUUCAUGCAGGACGGGGAGGGCGUUGGAAGGUGCGGUACCACCGGGUACGUAGCUCCUGAAGAGGUGUUCGACGAGAAGAGUGACAUCUUCUCUGUCGGCUGGAUCCUCGCGGAGCUUCUCACGGGGCUCUACCCCCCUGAUGUUGAGUCUUCGACACCCAAGUUCAGCUUCGAGCGCGUUACCGGCAAUUUCGAACUGGAGGCAAACCUUUAUCAACUCGUCCAGAGCUUGACGGCCAAGAAUCCUUGUGAGCGUUUAGGUGCCAGCCAGGCUCUUAGGAUUGUUGAAUCAUUGCUCGAGGACUUCUUCGACGAAGACGUCGCUACGCCACCCUACAAUCCACCCUGGCACGUGAAUCGGUUCACGUCGCGGCAACUUCAAGAGAUGUUCCCCGAGAUCGAUCUCGAAGGUGGCCACAGACUCCAAAACAUCGCCAACCCCUAUCCGAAUGCCAACCAUGUUGCCUCGGUCUCGCACAUCAGGUUCCUCGGAACUGCUGCCGCUGCCCGCGUCCCUGCCCCACUUUGGGCCAACAAUUGGGGCCUGGGACCCAGGGCCAAAGUUCCCGCUAGCCAAGAAUGGAACCCGGCCACCAGCGGCACCGACACCGACACCGACUAUCUCCAAAACCCCUGGUCCGUGCCCGAGCGGCUAACUUUCUGCGAAAGCGAAAGCGAAUCUCAAGACAUUGCCGACCACUACAAGGACCCGAUCCCCCAGCCUGAACAGCUCGAGUCUAUCGACGAGACGGAGUACCUGAACCAUUCGGACAUUGACGAGAUUUGCCUCUCGCAAAACGACCAUCCCUCACACCCCGACAUAUCCUCUCACGUCUCCUCGGUGUCCGACGAGGAGCAGGGAGAGAUCUGCGUGGCCCGGCGUGUGCGCUUUGUGGGACGCGAAGAUGCACGUCUCGUAAAGCUCCCGGCGACACGCGUGGAGCCGGUGGAGACAAGCUUCGUGGGACGCUUCAAGGUCGUACGAGUUGUACGUCACAUCGCGCGCAAGAGCAGUACCCCCCUCAUCCUGAGCGAACUUGACAGGAACGCGGUAAAACUGCUUCCCUUCGCAGUUCUCACGGCACCCACUCCGUUCGCCGGGUGGCCCUGUAUUCCUUCCAUUCGCGCUGGGGUCGGCAUCCCGUGGCAGGCUGUCAUCCGUCUCGGCCAAACUCUCGGGCGCGCGCACGAGUCUGCCCCACUCACUCCAGCUCGUUUUGCUCUCCCCGCGCCCGAAAACGAGAAGGAGACCAAGAUCUUGGGCCGCGAGGGCAACGGCAGCGAGCAAAGCGAGUUAGACAACAGCCAGGGGGAAGCUAGCAAGCACAGCGAGGUGGACGACAGCGAAAGCAAGGUCGACACCAGCGAGCGUGACCCCAGCGACAGCGGCACCAGCGAGCAGAGCGGGCUCAGCAACCGCGAGGAGAGCGAGUCCAGCAACAGCGAACAGAGCGAGCUCCGCAACAGCGAACGCGACUCCAGUGAGGCUGAGGCCUCGCGAUCAUCCGGCAGUGACAGCGCUUGCGGCAAUGUUGCCUCCAGCAAGCAUAGCAGCAACUCGACCCCCACAUCACAUGGGGAGAACGAGCGGGAAACCAAGCGCAGCCGCAUGGGCCGCGGUCUUCGGCGCGCGGUCGAGCGAGUCCGCAAGCGCAUCCGCACAGUGCUUACGAAGGGUUAA